AUGCCAGAAACUAGUAGUAGAGAUGCACCAAACGCGCCAAAGAAUCUGUUUAUAAAAGAAAAAGCUAUCUCAGCUCUUAAUGAUGACAUUGAAAAAGCUAUAUCAGCUCUUAAAAUUAAAAGAAUCGAAACUGAUAUAUUAACUCUUGGUGAAACCUUCAAAACCGAUGCUAAAAAA